CUUUGAAUCACGGCAAGGACUUCUAUAGCGAUAUAUAGGGUUUUAUAACGACCCCAGGGCUACUUUUGAUUCCAGCUGGAAUUUGGCAUCAUCGCCAACCACAGGUUCUAGCCUCGCGCUCCUUACUACCAUCCAGUGCCUGCCUUGACACUGUGUCCCCAUACACAUCGCCAUGACAUCCGACGUCAGCAACCUCUUUGCUUCGGAGCGGCUGGUUUUCCGAGCUAUGGAAGACAACGAUGAGGACAAGGCCUGGUACCACACUCUCAAGAACGACCCUACCUCAUUCGCCACAGCCGAUCUCGAACUGCUCCGGCCGCAGAGCCGCAAGCGCACCGACCAGGACUUCCUCGAGCUCCAAAAGGACACGCUCGCCGUGGUGAUAUGCCUGCCCGCAGCGCAAGACCCCGCCGCCGCCGCCGACGGCGCCCCCAGGCCCCCGCACCCCCCACCAAAGCCCACGCCGAUCGGGAUCCUCUGCCUGUGCGAGACGGCCGGGUCGGCCUACUGGAGCCACCACCGCGAGUGCCACGUGGUCCUCGAGGUGGCGGCGGGCCACCGCGACAAGGGCUACGGCACCGAGGCGCUCAACUGGGCCCUCGACUGGGCCUUUACGUGCGCAAACAUGCACCGCGUGUCCCUCGGCGUGCUCGAGUACAACGCGCGCGGGAGGCACGUGUACGAGAAGAUCGGCUUCAGGCCCGAGGGCGCGUACCGCAAGACGCACUACCAUCAGCGCAGGUACUGGGACCACCUGAUAUACGGCAUGCUGGAGGAGGAGUGGGUCGAGCUGCGGAAGGGGACGGCGGUCGCGGCGCGGUGUUUGUGAAGAGGUCCGCGAGGGAGUGCUUCGCUGUAUUGUGCUUUGCUUAUGGCACUUGUUCGGAAGUUGGCGGCACUGUAAUGUUCGGAAGGGCGGCCUUGCCAUGGAAUCGACCUUGACUAGCCUUGACCGCAAAGCGGCCUAAGACUCCCUGUCUACUUCUGCGGGUGAUUUAAGCGAGAUGGCGCUCUCUGUAGACCAAAAAACUGGAUAAUAAAAAGAUAGAAGAGGUUAAACCAACCCGAGAGAGC